AUGGCCAUACCAGGAUCUGUGGCGCGGGAGCUGUUAAUAAUGGUCACGUUGAAUUCCACUGGACUGAGCCGACCAUGUAUUAUGCGUAGGAACGCUAAAUACAACUUGAAAACAUACCACGGCCUGUUAUUUUCCCUCGGCGUUCGUCCAAAAAUGAUUGACGAGGGCCCCGCGCCGAAAACGGACGACGAGGGAACAAUAACGGGUCGCGUUCUAUGCCGACGCCAUUACGGUUGCCGCGGCAAA